GGUACCGCUUUACCACACAGAUGUAUGUACAUACAUACCUACACACCACAGUACCUACAUGCAAUUAUCUGUUUGACGUCCACACGAUUUUACCCAUAUCGACCAAAGACACACAGAAACACGGCUUGAGAGGGCAGCUGACAAUAUCACCUAGCGCUACACAGCUAGCUUCAGGCGCCGGUCCCGUUGGCACAUUGCGCUCCCUUUGACGUCCUGUAGUCAUACCGAUAACGACUUUGCGCUUUCGUCAUCCUGUCGCACCGAGCGAAGCUCCAAAGAACAAACACCACCCUACAACCAUAUAGACCAAAAUUGGCGAUCCUUCCACGUCCAAGCUGUCUUUCUUUUCCGUCCUCCCCCGAACUUGUCAAGUCUCGGAUGGUUGUCCCAAGAUGCGCAACAGCCUGACGAUCUCGCCGUCUAGGUAGCUGGUUAGCUUAAGCUUCCUGGCUCGACUAUACACCUCGAAACCAUGGGUCAGGGUUUCUCUUUGACUGCCCCUCCAGCGGGGGCAGCCGGUAUUGAUGUCCCGGAGCUAGCAGAUUUGACCUAUGAGAAGGUCAUCGGCCAGGCCCGCUUCAUGAAGAGUAUUCGUGCCAGACACAAUGAUGGAGUCGUGCUCGUCAAAGUGCUCGUCAAGCCAUACGCCAUGUCGCUGGGACGGUUCAAGAAGAAGAUUAUCCGAGAAAGAAAUGCGCUUGCCAGUGUACCCAACGCUCUUCCAUAUCAGCGAGCGAUCGAGACCGAGACGAACGGAUACCUGGUCCGACAGUUCUUUUACAACUCCUUAUACGACCGACUCAGCACCAGGCCAUUUCUCGAGGACAUGGAGAAGCGUUGGCUGGCUUUCCAACUCUUGUGUGCCUUGCGCGACUGCCACGCCAAAGAGAUAUACCACGGCGACAUCAAGACCGAAAAUACACUAGUGACGUCUUGGAACUGGCUCUACAUCUCGGACUUUUCAUCGUCAUUCAAGCCUGUCAUGCUGCCGGAAGACAACCCUGCCGAUUUUUCCUACUUCUUUGACACGUCUGGCCGAAGAACAUGCUAUUUGGCUCCCGAGAGAUUUCUCCCACCCGGGCAAGACCCCGACCCGAACGCGAAGAUCACAUGGGCCAUGGACGUGUUCAGCGCCGGAUGUGUUAUUGCUGAAUUGUUCCUCGAAACACCAAUAUUCAACUUGAGCCAGCUGUACAAAUACCGAAGGGGGGAAUAUGAUCCGUCCAUUUCACAUCUAAGUCGCAUCCCUGAUAAGGACUUGCGCGAGAUGAUCGCCCACAUGAUUCAGGUGGAUCCGCAAAAGCGCUACUCGGCCGAGCAGUAUCUCGAUUUCUGGAAGGACAAAGUGUUCCCAGGCUAUUUCUACAACUUUCUACAUCAGUACAUGCAGUCGAUUACCGACCUUUCAACCGGAAACUCGAGGAUCGGGGAAGCGGAUCAGAGGAUCGAAAGGGUCUGGAACGACUUUGACAAGAUCUCCUACUUCCUUGGCUAUGCGAACGGGAAUGACCCACACGAGCAUCACCUGCCGUCCCCGAGGUUGGGGUUAGGACUUUUCCCAGUUCGACUCAACAUCCCCAACGCUGAACAUCAUGUCUCGGCGAACAAGCAACCCGCCACUGAUGAUGGAACCCUCAUCUUCCUUACUCUGGUCGCGUCUUCCCUGCGCAACACCGCGCAUGCGACCGCAAAGAUCAAGGCGUGUGAUAUCAUGCUAGCGUUCGCUGAACGGUUAACCGAUGAAGCAAAGCUGGAUCGAGUCUUGCCGUACCUAAUGACCCUCUUGACCGACAAAUGCGAUAGGGUUGCGAUAUCUGCGCUGCGCACAAUAACUCAGCUUCUUGAUCUCGUCAAAAUUAUCACCCCCGUCAACUCGCAUAUAUUCCUUGAGUAUAUCCUACCCAGAAUGCAGGUUGCGCUCUUGGGAUCACAGGGGACCCCGAGCCCUGUAGUUAGAGCCACGUAUGCAGCCUGUCUAGGAAAACUGGCAACAACCGCGUAUCGGUUCCUAGCAAUGGCCGCGACGCUUCGAGCCGAUGGAUCAGUGACCAUUUCGGAUCCAGAACUUGAGCCAGGCAACGAGACCAACACGGCUCUCGAUGGGUUGUUUGACAGUUCCCGCCAAGACCUAGUAGACCUCUUUGAGACCCAUACGAAAAUGCUCAUCGAGGACCUCAAUCCUUUUGUUCGGAGAGCCUUUCUCAGUUCAGUACCGGAUCUGUGCAUCUUUUUCGGCGUUGCAAAGGCGAACGACGUUAUCAUCGCUCACCUGAACACGUACCUCAACGACCGUGACUGGAUGUUGCGGUAUGCCUUCUUUGACACCGUCGUGGGCAUUUCCGCGUUUAUGGGAAGUAGUACCCUCGAAAGCUUCAUUCUACCUCUAAUAAUCCAGGCGGUGGAUGACCCUGAGGAGUUCGUGGUACAAGGGGCGCUUCAAUCAUUGGCAGAGUUGACUCGAUUGGGGCUGUUGACCAAGGAAGCCUUUGUGGACCUAGUUGCCCUUGUCCGACGGUUUACAAUGCAUCCAAACAUCUGGAUCCGUGAAGCGGCCGCUCAUUUCAUAGCAGCCGGAAACGAGUUCCUAAGCUCUGCAUACCUGAAGGUUUCCGUUUACCCACAGUUGAAGCCCUUCUUGAAGCCAGAUAUUAUCCCUGGCUGGUCGGAGCUUCAGCUUCUUGAUUCGCUUCAAAAACCACUCUCGCGUAACGUCUUUGAACUGGCUAUGCAAUGGGCUGCAAAAUCAGAGAAGAGUGGUUUUUGGAAGCCUCCGAAACGGUUGUGGGAUGCUCGCGCUGUGACCAAACUCUCCAAAACAGAUGAGGAUGAGCAGUGGCUAGGGCGCUUAAGGACUGCGGGGCUCUCACAGGCGGACGAGAUAAAACUCAUCAUGCUGCGAGAGUUCAUAUGGCGUCUUGUUCAGAUGAAAGGGAGAGACUCGACUGAACUGCAAAUGGAGAAAAGAUCUGAGCUCGAGGACAUCAUUCCUUUGCGAAACUUGGGUAUCACGCCUCAGACCGUCAUGUUCGAAGAGGAACCCAUUCGCUAUCCUGCUCCCCAACUGGACGAUGAUGACACGGCUCCCAAGACGAUCCAGGAGGCUCUCCUCGAUGCGUCGUUGACCAUUGGUGAUCCACUAAGUCAAAGGCGUCGGGCCGCGGUGGAUAAACAAAAGUCCAAGUCGGGCAGUCGAUCAAAUCUUCCAUCCAUAUCCGUGGACGGCAGGCUUGCUACGGACAGCAAUGGCGAAGGCUCAAGGGAUACCUUGAGACGGUCGGCGUCUCACCAGAGCCGGGCAUCUCUGCUCUCCCCUCAUGACGACGUGGGAUCUGCUCACUACUUCCCUUACGAAACAAGGAGGGCCUUGAAGCACCAGUCUAGUGCAAUGAGUCUGAUGAAUCGUAAGGACAGCGCUAAGUCCGUUCCUGAGACUGGUACUACAGAAACCAAUGCCUUUGGUGAGGUUGAAGCGCCCCUCUCUCAGCAUUACCAGGGAACUCAUAUUAGGUCCCCAGACACUGAAAGCGUGCCGCCAACGCCCGGCAUUAAACUGCGUGUGAACCACGACUACCAUGGAAAUGACCCGCAUAUUCUCAAGAUGCUGGAUACCAUGUACGUCGAAAACUACCCACACGACCUUGCAGAGUUUGGUCCAGAGGUUACACCCAUUGGGCGCCGUAAGACCGGCAAGAUCAUCAGCUCCCAACCAGGGAAGCAAAGGGAAAAUGGAUGGAAGCCAAAAGGAGUGACUAUCGCGUCGUUUGUUGAGCAUGUCGGUGCCAUCAAUCGUAUCGUUGUUGCUCCGGAUCACCAAUUCUUCCUGACCGGUGGCGAUGAUGGGACCGUGAAGGUUUGGGACUCGGCCAGGUUUGAAAAGAUUAACAUUCACAAACCUCGCCUCACCCAUCGACACGCUCCCGGUGCCAAAGUUCGUGCGCUAUGCUUCAUUGAGAACACGCAUAGCUUCGUCAGUUGUGCCACGGAUGGCAGCGUACAUAUAGUCAAGGUUGAGACUUACUUGCAGGGCGAGAGUUAUCGGUACACUCGUCUCCGCACAGUCAGGGAACAUCGCUUUGUCGACGGCGAGUUCGGUGUGUGGUGCGAACACUACAAGCGGGACAACGAGUCGAUCCUUGUCGUGGCCACCAACAAGUCGGUCGUCUGGGGCAUCGAGCUCCGAACCAUGACACUGCUCUUCAAACUGGAGAAUCCAGUCCAUCACGGCACACCCACUUGUUUCUGCAUCGACUUCAAGAAAAACUGGCUUUGCCUGGGAACGUCUCACGGCGUCUUGGACUUGUGGGAUCUCCGCUUUAAAGUGAAGCUCAAAAGCUGGGGCGUGCCCGGCAAGGGAUCCAUCUACCGGCUCGCAAUCCACCCUUCCCGCGGCCGAGGCCGUUGGGUGUGCGCCUCUGGCGGAACCGGCCAAGGCGAGGUCACAGUCUGGGACAUUGAAAAGGCCACAUGCCGCGAAGUUUACCGUGUCGGCGGCAACAAGGAAGGCCCCAAGGGUUACGAUGCCUGGCAAGUCGACGAGGACAAGCCUUCCGAUGGGCAAGGACAGAUGCUCUCGCGAUUCGCGACCAACAUCGAGCCCAACGCUAUGGGCAACGCCGACCGGGGGGUCCGCGCACUGGUGUUUGGCUGGGGCAUAACGGACGCCGCCACGGUUGAAGAACAGCCGCCGCCGCCGCUGCAGGAACGGGACGUGCGCUACGCAUUCAUGGUCACAGGCGGCUCAGACAAGAAGCUGCGGUUCUGGGACCUGACGCAUGUUAGUCAGAGCAGGAUCUACUCGGGUUUACAGCUGGGAGAGGCGGCGCCAAGUUACACGGCUAGUCAUCCCACACCGUCUUUGAUUCUUAAUACCGAGCGCUUGCAUGGCAAAUCGUCCGGUGACCAGGCUGGUGGUUCUGGUACUGCCGGGACCGGAAGGGGCAGUGGUGUGGCGCAAGGAGUCAAUGGCAAAUCAUCGUCGUUGUCCAACUCAGCCAGGAAUGCCCAGCAAAAGAUGAGACCGUCAAGAACCAAGAUCAUUUCGCAGGAACAUUUCCGGCUGUUGAGAAGUCACUUGGAUUCUGUCCUUGACGUGGCGCUACUGGAGUCACCUUACCCAAUGACGGUGUCGUGUGAUAGAGGGGGUAUGGUACUUAUUAUCAGGUAAAUAAAUCAGCAUGGUGGUGAUGGUGGUGGUAGCAGAGUCUCGUAGCGAUUAUGUUUUAGGCGUUGUUCUUGUUUUUGCUCAGCUGUCCAUUAAGACAAUGGACAUGCAUGUAGAGAGGAAAGUUUGAGUUUGGGGUUUCGACAUAGCGAUGAAUGGUCAAAAUAUUGGAAACCAUGUACAAGUCAAACCAAACUACAUGUCGUCGACGAUUGCUGUGUCCGAUUUCUCAAGAAGCAGGGUGCUUCUUCAGAUGGUGAUUGCUACCAUAGUGUAUAGAGAGG